ACCACAACCGCCGCCUCCGCCGCCGCUCCAUCAGAAACAACAGAUCCACUCUCCAAUGACGACCAGCAUCCACAUUACCGCAUUAGACGGAAUAAUCAACGUCAACUCCCUCUUCACUCUCGCCGUUUUCCUCGGCCUAGCAUGGAACCCAUCCGAACCCAACAACUCCUUCAUAACCGACCCGAACUCCCCCUGCGCCGCAUCACGCGCCGUCGUCGAGAAUCUCGUCGCCUUCCACGUCUACUCCUUCAGCUCCUUCCUCUUCUCCAGCCUCCUCGCUCUCGCCCUUAAACAAGCUCUCCGGAUCGCGAAAUCCGGCGAUGUUUCCGAUCAUAUCCGCCACGUACCCGAAUUCUUUACCCAUAUUAAUAAGGAUCUGGUUCGGGUGGGGAUGUUGGUGUCGGGCCUUGGGUCGGUUUGUGGGUGUAUUUGUUUGAUGUUGGCUUUGAUUAAUGUGGUCCAGUUUAAACUUGGGGCUUUGUCUUGUGGAAGUGGGCAUAGUUUGGCGGCGGUUAUUCCUCUUGUAAUUUUUGUGCCCAUUGGGCUUUUGAUUUAUGUUUGUGUUGUUUUGUAUGCUUUUACUAGAUAAUUUUUGGGCCCAUUGUAUUAUUUGUAUUGUAAUGUUUAAUGUAUUGU